AUGGAAAAUGUGAAAAUGAAGCAUAAACUUUACUUAAUAGAUGAAUUUAAGCAAAAACAUUAUUCUGAUGGUAAUGAAGCCUUCAGAUGUGUGUACUUUGGAAAAGUGGCUUGUUUUAUUAAUUUAACUUCCAAUUUUACGUUGAACAUUUUAAUGAGACAUUUUUCAGAAAUGACGGUUUAUUAUCAAACAAAUAGCAAACACGCCCAGAGUAAUGACGCCCUAAAUGUUGGUGAAAGAAUAAUUUCUGGUGUUGAAAGCUAA